AUGGCUGAUAUACUAGAUAAAGUUACAGACAAGAAUCCUCGUGGUAUUCCUCAGGCCCCAUUUGUCAGCAAAGUGGAAGAUCUAAUUAAAGUUCCAACAGAUUUUGAACCGGUUAUGCAAAAAUUCCAAGAACGUUUACAACAGUACAAAUUCAUGGAACAAUCAAAACAAAGUGCAAUUGCUUCAUACAAAGCCAAAAUCCCAGAUAUUGAGAAAUCUUUGUCCAUGGUGGAAUAUCUCCGUGAAAAGCAGCAGGAAUCUGAAUCCAUCCACACAAAUUACGAAUUAAAUGAUACAUUGUACUCACAAGCUAUAAUCGAACCAACUGACAAAGUGUGUCUUUGGCUAGGAGCGGACGUGAUGAUGGAAUAUCCUUUGGCUGAGGCGAUUGACUUAUUGCUGAAGAAAUUGAAGACCGUGAAGGAAAAUUUGAACAUUGCUGAAGAAGAUUCAAUGUUUUUGAGAGAAAAUAUCACCACUAUGGAAGUUAAUACCGCUAGAUUGUACAAUUGGAAUGUCAAGCAAAAAAAAUUAUUAAAGGACCAGGCAGCGAAAUGA